GUGUUGAUUUCACAUCAGAGUCUAUAAUUUCGUUAAAUCGUGAACUGUUUUGUCAACAGCAAAACAAUAAUAAUUUGUUGAUAAUCCUUGGGAAAACAAGCUUUCGAAAACUGAAAAUGUGCAAAAUAUGCAUGUCAACUAAUUAGUGCAUUAACUGUGUAAGAAACAGUGCCCGCAACUAUAAUCAUGGCCAACAGUAAACCGCAAUAGGUUUCACAAACAGCAAACACAGUGCUUAUUGUAAAGCAGAACACGAAAUUAAUGUAAACAAACACGUCAGCGCUUAAAUAGAAGAUGAACAUGAAUAGUGAUCAGGAUCUAGAAUUCUACAUGAGAAGCUCCCUGGAGCUGAUGAAGGAGGAGGAGGAUGCACUUAACAUCAUCAAGGAGAUGAUACCAUCGGACAUGUUGAACAAUUUUUUUACCGACAUGGACCUGGAUCCAUCUCAGUUGGCCGAUGAGAUCAAUCUGGACAUGAAUGUGGCGCCGCCGCUGCUCGACUGUGGCAUGGACUUGCCACAACAUUCGCCGGUGCAGCCGCAGCUUUCGCCCUCGCUGCCCGUGCAGCAGCAACAACAACAGCAUCAUGUGAAGAGCGAGCACACGUCGCCUCUGCACAUCAAGGACGAACUACUAAUGCAGCAGCAGCAGCUCUACGAUUCUCCUCCAUUGUACAAGACGGCUGGUCCGAUGGCUUCGCCCAAUGCCAGCUAUAGUCCGCAAGCGUUGCCGCAGCUGCUUAAGCCGCAGCCACAGCCCACCAUGACCAUACACCACAUGGACAUCAGUCAGACAUCACCCCAGCAGCAACAACAACAACAACAGCAGCCGCAGCAACAACAGCCCACAACAGCAAUACUUUUUGCGUCCCCUGCUAACAAUGGCUUCGUCUAUCAGGUGCCCAUUGAGUCGCCAUCACCCCCGCAUCAAGCAGUCGUAACAACUACAACUGGAACUACACCAACUGCACCCAAGAAGACGCAGCAUGUGGCAGAGAAGAAGUGGCAGCCAUAUCCAGACAAGAAAUCGUAUUUUAUUAUGGCACCAGAGCAAAAUUUUGUUGUGGAGCAGCCCAAUAUCUUGCAGUCGCCGCGCAGCACAACAACAACGACAGUGGUCAGUCCUAAGAGCAACCGCAAGUCGGUUGCUGUGGAGUUGGCACCAACCCCAAGUCCAGCGCCAUCUGCACAGCCCGCUGUCAAUGCCAAGGUACCCAUACAGCGUGUGCAGCCUAAGGUGAAGGAGGUGAAGCGUUCGGCGCACAACGCCAUUGAGCGGCGCUAUCGCACAUCUAUCAAUGACAAGAUAACGGAGCUUAAGAACCUCGUCGUCGGCGAUGCCGCCAAGCUGAACAAAUCCGCGGUGCUGCGCAAGUCUAUUGAUAAGAUCCGGGAUUUGCAGCGUCAAAACUACGAAUUAAAAUCGGAGUUGCAGCGAUUGCAGCGUGAGCUGAUGGCCAGGGAUGGCUCCAAAGUUAAGGAUCUGCUGCAGUUGGGCAGCAGCGGUAUUGUUAGUUCCACAUCCGGUUCGAAGAAGCGUCGCCAGCAAUCGCUGGCUUGCGAUACGGAUGCCGGUCUUACGCCUCCACGCAGCGACGUCUCCGAUCCAUCGUUGUCGCCGGUGCAUUCGGAUAUCUCGUUGCCGCCGUCGCCGUAUGGCGGCUCCACGGCUAGCUGCACCAGUGGCAACAGCAGCCAGGACGAUGUGCUGGUGGUCCCCAGCUCGAUGAGCGGAAUGGGCACGCACUCGCGUCUCGUGAUCUGCAUGUUUAUGUUCGCCGUGCUUGCGGUGAAUCCUUUCAAGCAGCUGCUACAACGUGGACAAUACGCUGGAGAUGACUUUGUUGACGACUUGGGCGCGCAUCAACAGCGCAACAUUCUGAACUACGAUACAGAUGAUGAUCGGGAUUAUAAUGGUUGGCAUCAGAGCUCCUGGUUGUGGCUCGUGAAUCCACUGCUAUUGCUAGGCUGUCUAAUCAAGCUCUUGGUCUACGGAGAUCCGCAGCUGGACACGCAAACGGAUGCAUAUUAUCAGCACAAACAACGGGCCGAGACACAUUUCGCUAAGGGUCAAGCUGCGCAAGCCAAUGCCGCCUACUUGAAUUGUCUGCACAUGUUUGGAAUCAGUUUGCCGGCCACUAGACUCGAGUGUUAUUCCCAGACCUGUUGGCAAUUUCUACGCUUUCUAUUCCAUCGCCUUUGGCUGGGCCGUUUCCUCUCCCAUCGUGCUGGCGGCCUAUUCUGCAGCUCGACAAGACGCAAGAGCGCUCUGGCCUCCGCCCGAGAACUGGCUUUGCUUUUCAAUCGUCUGAAUCAAUUGAACUUGACUGGAACUCAUAACGGCGAUCGUAAUGGCAUUAUGAUGGCACUUUAUGCAAGCAACAUGGCCGAAGUAGCGCAUAGUCUGCUCACGCCGCGUGAGAUCAUCUGCAUACACGUCAUGGCCGCAUUGAGGAUGAAGCGUAGUUGUCCCAAGUUGCUGAAGAAGCUUUGUGCUCGGUACUACAUGAGUCGAGCUCGUUUGGAAUGUGGACGCACCCGGGCCACAGAGCAGACGCAGGAAUUGCGCUGGGCAUUCACCAACUAUGGCUAUGGCUAUUGUGCAGCUCAUGUAUUCGACUACGAUCUGAAUGCCAGCGAACAGGAUGGCUUCUUUACGCGCCUGGUUAAUCCCUGCGAUCCGGCGGCACAUGCCAUCAAGCAAUAUCGCGAGCAUCUGCUGUACAAGGCGCUGCAGUGUCUCGUCGGCGCCGGUUCCCACAAAUCCAACAAAGCCGCACCAAACAACAAUAAUAACAAUAACAGCAACAACAACUCGAACUCGGGCAGCGAGACAGCGGAACACUGCGGCACCAUUGUCAGCAAUGUGCUCAAGUACACUUCACUGUUGCGGGAAACACUCUUGGCGGAUGAGGAUGAUCGCGAUACGAAUGUGGUGUGGUGGGCAAAUGUGCUAGAGAUCGCUGUACACUGGCUGCUGGGCGAGGAUGCGCUGGCGGAGCAACUAUACGAUAGUGUCAAGCAGUUGCCACCACAACUUCAAAACGACAGCGAGAGCGAACUGUUGCCGCAUGCCCUUCAUGCUGUGCUGCGCGCUAAGAUGGUGUUGCUCAAGAACAAUGGAAAUACUUUGGACAAACGUCUGAAACGCUUGAUCAACCAGUUGUGCGAUGAAUCCAGCAAUCAACUGAUGGAAUGUCUCACCAUCAAUUUCAUCACCAAUGCCAAGGGCAUCGAACUGUUAUUCCAGCUUUUGACCUGUGACUGGCUGCUGGAGACGCGCACCGCUUUGUGGGAACUAGAACAUAUGUCUAUCGAGGAUGAUGGCUACUACCAAGUACCGGGCGAUGAGCUCGAAAAGUUCCAAAUCGACUUGAACUCUCUACGCAGCAUUGUUAAGAAUAUACCAAACGCCCAAUCCCGUAUCUAUUUGUAUGAGGCAGUUUGUCGUCUGAUGGCCGGCGCCUCGCCGUGUCCUACCCAACAGCUACUGGACCGCAGUCUGCGCUCGCGUAAUGCCCACUCCUCCAUCUUCUGUGGCAGCAAGGAUCGUCGUCGUCAUCAGAACUUUGAGGGCGGCGAACGGGAGCGCGCAUCCGCCAUGUAUGUUGCCUGCAAAUAUUUGCCGCCAGCUCUAUUAAGUUCGCCGGGUGAACGAGCUGGCUUGUUGGCUGAGGCGGCCAAAACGCUGGAGAAAGUGGGCGACAAGCGCAAAUUGAAGGAAUGCUAUCAACUGAUGAAGUCGUUGGGCAGCGUCGGAGCCACUGUAAAGCAGUGAGCUAUACUACAUUUAAAUAAUUUUAGUUGAAAUCACGAAAAUAGUUCUUAAGUUCAAUUUGCAGUUACCUUGAGGGAUCCGAGUGGUCCUCCCCCAUUUUAGAUCUUUAUGCUGGUAAUUUCAGUUUAAUAGUUUAUAAUUUAUUCUAGUACACAUGGAAUAAAACAAUUUCCGUAAUUUUUCUGUAAUGGAUAUACAUAUAUAAUUUAUUUGAAUAAAUAUUUCAGCAGUUAA